CUGCUUUCAGCAAAGUUCUUGUAAGUCGCCAAAAUGGAAACAGUUUGGAAAAUGAUGAACAUAAUAUAUCGUGGAAUGGAAACGUCAAAGAACUUCAAAACAGUAGCACAGUAGAUAUCUACGUAUACAAAAUCAAGGAGGAAAAUGGUGAGAUUAAAUUAAACACUUUUAUUGCAAUGAGGAAUAUAUCUAACUCAAUUGGUUGGACGACUUUUAAUUUAAAGAUGCAUGAACAGGUCGCCAUUCUACGUGUAACUUCUCGUGUGGAGACCGCAUUCAAAAUGCCACAAAGAGGAAUAUGGUCAGAUUUGUUCCCCGUUACCCCUUCCAAAGCUGUUGCAAAACUUCUUUGUAAAAAAUGGAUAGAAAAAGAACGCACUCUUUCAAAGUUAAACGUUGCAGAACCUUGUCCGUGCACCCUCCAACAGGCGCUGUUAGACAUUGUAAAGUACCAGCCCGAUCCUGACUGCAACAUGCUCAGCGUGGGAGCAGAGGGGCGGGGCAACUGUCGUUAUAGACGUGAUGCACAACAUUGUGUGAGACUGACAAUACCAAGUGAAGAUGGCGCCGACAACGUUUGCUGUUUCAAUAAACAGGGAACCUUAAUAGACUCGAGAUCCCACGAAGGUGGUACACAACAGCGGUAUCACUAUCGAGGUGACAACCAUAACAAUAUGCCCUACGUGACAAACUUUUGCAAGGACGUUGUCCCGUUUUUGCAUUGUUGUCGUUUUUCACAGACGUCUAUGAAUGAAACUAGCAAUGAGGAUGAAACAUACAGCCUCUGUCAGGAGUUCCUGACAUUACGGAAAUACAGUUCUUGUGAAAAUUACGACCCUCCUAAACCAGCAAAAACCAAUGGUGACCCUCAUAUCACUACACUGGACGGGCUUAGUUAUACGUUUAAUGGAGCUGGAGAGUUCGUGUACAUUUACACUGAGAAUGAACAAUUUAAAAGCCAAAUCCGCUUCAAACAGUUCCGAAAAAACGAUGGGUCGCUUGUAAUGGCAACUGUAGCGACUGCCUUAGUAAUGGAGUAUGAGAAUAGAUCAGAUUGCAUAGAAAUUAGACUCAACUCGAUAAGAACAGCUGAUGUACUCAGAAAUGGAGAACUGCUUGAUUUUCAAGACUCAAGAUGGAUAAAUGCGAAAGGUGUAACCAUUGUAUCACUUCCUACUAAAGGAAAUAACACGGGCAGGUCAUUUAUGAUCAUGUUUCAAGAGAUCAAGAUGGCAUUCAGCAUUGAAGCCUCAAAAGAUAUCUUAAACGUCAUGCCAGUUGUUCAAGGAAAGGAACUGAAUGGAACUCUGAAAGGAUUGCUAGGAAAUUAUGAUGGCAGUCCUUUGAAUGACUUAUUUUUUUCAACACAUCAACAGCUGCAGCAAAAUGAAACUGACGAAUCCUUGAUUUUUGAAUUUGGGAUGUCAUGGGUCAUCAACGAGAAGGAGUCCCUGUUCACGUAUGAGCCUGGUAAGAGUUUUGCGGACUAUCAUAAGCCAUCAUUCCGUCCUGUGUUUGAGUCCUCCAUAUCGGUUACAGAGGAAGUUAGGGCGGUGUGUGGAGAAGACAAAGAUUGCAUUUUUGAUUUCUUUGUGACGGGAUCACGUGACAUAGCGGAACAAUCUCGAACAUUCCAGAAACAAUUUCAGGAAUCUCAAGAGGCAGCUGUAAUAGGUAUUUGUACAUAUAUGAUGUGUUAUUAUUGCACACGAACCUUCUCUAUGCUAUUAUAG